CAAAUAUACAAAAUUUAAUGAAGCAGGAAAAAACUAAACAUAAAUAGAAAGAUUAAAGGGAAGAAAUAUUACCUAUAAAUAAGAUAAUCUAAAAAUGCCAAUAGACUUUAGGUAUUUAUUUAUCUAAUGAAUAGAGAUAACUUAGUUUGAAUAAUAAGAAUUAAAAAAAAUGUUUUCUAUUGUUUCUGAUAAAAUGCAUUAAGUUAAUUAAAAAAUAUAAACUUUUGAAAGAGAAGAAAGACUUUUGAGAAGAGAUAAUGAUGAAUGGGAAUUUUAUUUAAAAGAAAAGACUGCUCUUUUAAAAUAGCUAGCAUUAUUAAUUGACAUAAUUAGUGGUAAAGAUCAUUCCUUUGAAAUUGAUAUAUCUACUAAUCCUGCGUAUAAGGAAAUCUAGAAUUUCUCUUUACAUAAAAAAUAAUUAGGAGAAGAUUUAUUAAAAACUAUUUAGAAUGAUGAAACAUCAAUUAUCAAACUUUAAGCACAAUUAUUAGAAAUAGAAGAAGAAACAAAGCUUCUAAGAUAAUCAGGUGCUUUUUGGAAUUGUAUACGCUGUAAUCUGACAUUAAAAGAAGGCACUAAUGAAGAGGUAUAUAAAUUUUAAAUUAGACUUGUAUAUUUCAUCCCGGGAAACUCAAGUAUUUUUCUUGUAGAACUUGUGGAGGAGAUGAAUAUUUUACAUGCUGUAAUUAGUGCAGAGAUUGCAAUCCAGGUUGCAAAAAAGGGUUACAUAAACCUUGAAAUAUCAU